AUGAUAGACAAGGCCGAUACCGAGAGUCGCGGUCGAGACGGUCAUCUGGACAAAAUCUCUGUUCCUGCCACACAAGAGACCGUCUUCGAGCACAAACUCGACCCUACAUUCGCAAACCGUGAUUCCGGGGCCAUCAAGGUGACGGACAGCGACGAUGAGAAAGAAAUCCCCGGAGCUUUACAACAGAUCAUGAGUCGGAAUGAACAAAUCCUGACACAUAUCCUCAUCUGGCUACUCGUUUUUGUACUUGGGUUCUCCAACAGCGUCUUUAGAGUGCUCACCCCCUACGUCGUCAGCGAUUACAAGAGACACGCCCUCACUGCAACAACCGAUGUCGUCGCCAACAUUGCCAGUGGUAUAUUCCGGCUCCCAUAUGCCAAUCUCCUCGAUGUCUGGGGUCGCCCUCAGAGUCUCAGUCUCAUGGUGCUUUUCACAGUUCUUGGUGCUGUCAUGAAGGCCGGUUGCAACAGUUUCAGCCUCGUUAUCUUUAUCUCCGACUCGGCACCUAUUUGCAACAGAGCACUUUUGUUUGGAAUCGUCUGGUCCCCAUCACUCAUCUCAACAUGGGCAUAUGGCCCUACUGCAGACCGGGUUCUGACAAAUCUUGGAAAUCGAUGGGACUUUGGCGUGUGGUGUAUUAUCAUACCCGCUGUAUGUGCCCCCGUCAUUGCUAUGAUGUUUCGCUUCGAUAAGAGAGCGAGACAGGCUGGCUUGAUCAAGCGACCCGAUCAUGGCAAAACUAUAAGUCAACGCAUCAUUUUUUACCUCAAAGAAUACGACAUCGUCGGACUUCUCAUUCUUGCAGCUGGGCUGAGCUUGCUCCUUCUAUCCCUGAGUAUUUACUCUUACCAAGACAAAGGUUGGGGUUCACCCCUGAUCAUUUGCUUUCUGGUGUUUGGUCCGCUCCUGGUCAACCGGACUGUCGUAUGGACCAACAUAAUGGCUGUAAACCUUUACACCUCCGAGUUUAUCUGCUCAGCAUACAUAUAUUCAAUGCUCAUCGUCGUUUUUAACCAAUCCAUUACCGCCGCCACCUACAUCAAUAGUAUCUACUAUAUUGGGUCAUCUUUCUGGACAAUAGUCCUCGGCUUCAUGAUGCGAUAUUAUGGACGACUGAAGAUCUAUACUUUGGUUCUGGGGAUCCCAUUCUUCAUUCUCGGCCAAGGCAUGAUGAUUGCAUUUCAACCCGGCUUCACCCCUAUCGGCCUGAUGGUAGUUUGCCAGAUCCUUAUCGCUUUUGGUGGGGACACUAUGUACCCCAUUGAACAAAUGACUCUCAUGGCUGUCUCUCAGGAACACACUCCGGCCCUUCUUGCGGUUGAGUCCGUUACUUGGUGGGGAGGGUUUCUGGCAAGGAAGCCAUGUUUGUGA